AUGGACGUGAUCGAGCUCUUUCAGUUUUGGAUCAUUCCCUCCUUUUACGCCAUCACUGUGAUUCUGGGCAUCCCACUGAAUGCGCUCGCUUUGUGGGUGCUCAUCCGAAAGAAGAAGUCGUCCAUGUGCGUCUACAUGCUCAAUCUGGCAGCGGGGGACUUGCUCUUCCUACUCUUUCUACCAAUAAAAAUUGACUAUCACUUUAGACAAAAAACAUGGACUUUGCCAGGACUUACAUGCAUUUUUCAUAUUAUGUUAUUCUUCAUUAAUUUCUAUGCCAACCUCAUACUGUUGGCCGUCAUAAGCGUGGACAGGUAUGUGGCAAUUGUGCAUCCACUGCGGAUCUCGCGCCUGCGUCAACCCAAGGUAGCGUGGCUCCUCUGCCUGCUGUGCUGGGUUUUCAGUUUGAUUAAUAUUCUGCCUGUGACCCAAGUCAAACAUUUUCUUAGCUACGACAACGUCACUGCUAACAAUGGUAGUUUAUUGAUUGUCCAGUGCUACGAAAAAUUCACUGCAGAAGAUGCAGCAUUUGUGAUGGCGUACAGGCUUUAUUUGUUCUUUGCUAUCUACCUCGCGUCCCUGGUCACAGCGUUGUUUUGCUAUGGAAAUGUCGUGAGAGUACUGGUCAUGCAAAGAGGGCAGACAGAACUGUUAAGUAGGAAAAAGAAGAUUCAUGCCGCGAAAAUAACAGCUGUGAGCUUAAUCACCUAUAUUGUGUGCUUCAUUCCUUAUAACUCAACACACAUAACAGGCUUCAUACAAAGUAAAAUCAAUGCUUUUUCUCCGAAGAGUCUUCUCACAUUCCGAGAUGUAGCACUUUGCCUGAGCGUGUCAAACAGCCUCUUUGAUCCACUUAUCAUCUAUGUUGCCUCUUCUUCAUUUCGUAAUUCUAUUAAAAAAAUGUUAAAAUGCAGGGAGCCUGUCUCAAGGGUGGCAGCCAUGACCGAUUAGUACGAAUUCAAAUAUAUCUGUAAGAGGAACUUGAGUUAUGGAACUCCGGUAUGAAUUUCUGACUAGGGUAUUUUCCUUUUGGAAGGAAAUCUGUUUGUUUUGAGAGGGAGUUUGUCAACCUUAUAUGCUCGUGUCGUGUUAAGCUGUGUUUAUAUUUGUGCAUUAUUUAAUAAUGGAAGCUCAAUUUACAAAGGAUUUCAAGCCAAAAGUCCACACUGUUUGACAUAUUGAUGGCCAGGCUUGUGGACAUUUAACCCAAGAAUUGACA